CUGAACACACUACCGACACUCCUCCAGGGCGCAGGACGCACUGAGGACGCGCGCGAAAUCAACAGAGUCGUCGCGUUUUCACGUUGACUGCAGCCUUUAAUUCCUUCAGCUCGUCUAGUCGAAGAGGGUUCAUGCCAUUUUGCAGGUGCAGUUAUCUGUUUUGAACCUCAGGUCGAGGUUUUCCCAUCUCUAGCGAAGCGGAGCUGUGCUUCCUACGAUGUUUGGACGUCGCUGUACUGUUUGCGCCGCGCUUUGGAUCCAUGAUGUGAGCAUUUGUGUCGGAAUUAACCAGGACGCAGUGUAAAGAAAACCGUGAACUCGCCAUUGUGACCAGUGAAACUCGCCUCAGACCCCCGACGUGCGGAAUGGGGCCGUCAUCUACGCUGCUUCUCGUUGCUUUUUUAGGCUGUGCUAGAGGUUCCUCUCGUCACUACUCAGACGGCCGCUCCAGCCGUCUCUCCCUGGAGAAAACCUUCGGCCGAUACGACAAAGACUCCCAGUGCCAACGCAUGCUGAAACACCUUCACCAUGGAGCUCGAAUCACUGUGCAGAUGCCUCCCAACAUAGAGGGUCACUGGGUGUCCACCAGCUGUGAGGUGAGACCAGGCCCAGAGUUUCUGACACGCUCCUACAGGUUUUACCCGAACAACACCUUCCAGGCUCACCAGUUCUACUACGAGGACAACCACUGCACCAAACCCACCUACACGCUGGUGAUCCGGGGGCGUCUGCGCUUACGCCAGGCUUCCUGGAUCAUCCGUGGUGGCACAGAGGCAGAGUACCAUCUCCACCGCGUCCAAAUGGUAUGUCACACGGCCACCGUGGCGAAAGAAUUCAGCCAGAGGCUCAGCCGCAGCUGUCCAGGGGCGGUGACAGGCCCUUGGGAUCCUAGUGUGAUCUAUGAACUGUGGAGUGAGGAGGGCGGCUAUGACUGCUCCAAGGAGCUUAACUUUACCAUGCAUGAGCUGCAGCUGCUGCGGGUGGAGAAGCAGUACCUGCAUCACAACCUGGAUCAUCUGGUGGAGGAGCUGUUUCUAGGAGACAUCCACACCGAGCCCUCGCAGAGGCUGUACUACAAGCCAUCCAGCUACCAGAUCGCCCUCCAAAAUGCCAAGAAUCAUGACCAGGGCUGCAUGGCCUGUCGUAUUAUCUACCGCUCUGAUGAGUUCCAUCCUCCCAUCCUGCCGCCGCAGGCCGACCUGACUGUUGGCUUGUACGGCCAGUGGGUGAGCCAGCGCUGCGAAGUUCGCCCUGAGGUCCUCUUCCUCACCCGCCACUUCAUUUUCCAUGACAAUAACCACACCUGGGAGGGCCACUACUACCACUACUCUGACCCAGUCUGUAAACACCCCACCUUCACCAUCUAUGCACGUGGACGCUACAGCCGAGGGCUUCACUCCACUCGAGUCAUGGGCGGGACUGACUUUGUUUUCAAAGUGAACCACAUGAGAGUGACACCCAUGGACCUGGCCACAACCUCCCUCCUGAAUGUUUUCAACAGCAAUGAGUGUGGAGUGCAGGGAUCCUGGCAGCUUGGGGUGGAGCAGGAUGUCACCGUAACAAAUGGCUGCGUGGCACUGGGUAUCCGACUCCCCCAUACAGAGUAUGAGCUCUUCCGCAUGGAACAGGACGCCCACGACCACCACCUGCUCUACAACGGCCAGCGUCCCAGCGACGGCUCCAGCCCUGAUCGGCCAGAGAAACGGGCCACCUCUUACCAGACGCCCCUGGUCCAGUGCUCGUCAAGCAGUCAGCUGUCUGAUUAUAGCCAAGGACACGACGGCGACAGUGCUCUGCUUCCCCACAGUGACGCCACAGGCUGGCACAGAGACAGCCAGAAACGCAUCACUGUGGCUUUUGUCGCAUUUGUUACAUCUCUGCUCCUCUUCUGGCAAAGCUAGAGAGAUGUCUAGGCUUCUUCUACACAAAGACAAAAGAAGAGUGUGGAUUACAGGAGCAGACGGGGAGACUGGUUGUUAAAACUAAUGUAACUUCAACUUUCCCUUUCUGAUGAGAAUCAGGAUAAAAACCAGUGCACCCUGAUCCUCUGAACUCCUCCCCAGAUACCAAAGACUGGACACUGCUGCACCACAGAAACUGCACUUUAAAGUAGAACCAAAGGUUGACUUGUCUCUUUCCAGUGAUGUUUAUACAUUCACUGGCCACUUUAUUAGGUACACUUGUAUACAAAUGAGUGCAACACUUCCACCU